AUGGACCUGCUUCAAACAUACGCGUCCAGCGACGACGACAAUGACGACACGAAGAAACUCCAGCACUCGCCGAAGCCACAGUCGACCGACUUCUCGUCUCUCUGCCUCCCCGUCAUUAACUCUGCGCCUUUUGUCACUCUUGUGGACAGUCAGGAACGUGCGAAUAAAAUCGCGCUUUUGACGGCCGGAACUCAAACGCAAUUGGCUAUAAAUCUGCCAAUCGAAGCGACGCUGGCGCCAGUUGCUGGUGCACAGACCACCGGGUCUACGCAAAUGGCUACAAUGGACCGGUUACGUGCAGGAAGUGGUACAGAAGUUGUCACGGGUGUUGUGGAACCUGCUGCAAUGGAAGACUUGAGCUUUGAAGCCCAGUACCACACUUUCAAUCAUACUUUCUAUCGGGCCAAUGGAAUUGCUCGGAACCGAGUCCAAGGAGCUCCUCCACCAGCUCCAGCUUUACCCGGAGAGAAAAUUGCUGAUACAAUUGCGGCGUUGAAUGACGACAAUGUGUUUACGCGACAAAAUGGGAGGAAGAGGAAGAACAAAAGCAGUGCAAAGGCUCAAGCAGCUAAAGAAGAUGUUGGUGACGAAGAAUCGAGUGGCAUUUGGGCUCCAUCCGGGACAAAAGGGAGGUUCAUGUCGGAUCUAGAGCAGGGCACGAUGUCGGAGCAGCAAAAGGCGCUGUUGAAAGAGCACGAGGAGACGAAACGCCGCAAAGCUGAAGCAAGGAGCGAAGUGGACGAGGAAAUGGACUUCGACCGCAUGGUCGAGAAAAAGACGUCGCACUUGCUUCCGGCGAGGCUAAAAGCAGGACAAACAGCGUUGGAAGGCAAGUCAAAGUUUUGUGGUGAUCAGGAGUACGACUACCAGGGACGUGCGUGGGUUGAGCCUCCGCGUGGUCUAAAACCCGAUGAUGGCGAUCAUGAGAUUUUUGUGCCCAAACGCUGUGUGCACAAGUGGACAGGACAUACAAAGGGCGUUCAGGCUAUCGAGCUCUUUCCCCAGUACGGCCACUUGCUGCUAUCAGGCAGUAUGGAUAAUACAGUGCGCAUCUGGGACGUUUAUAACGAUCGUAAGUGCCAGCGCGUGUACGAAGGUCAUUCUGGAGCAGUGCGUGGCAUCAACUUUAGUACAGACGGCCGACAGUUUUUGAGCUGCAGCUUUGAUCGGUUUAUCCAACUGUGGGAUACGGAGACAGGGCAAGCUGUUCAUUCGUUCACGACCCGACGAGUGCCAUACUGUGUGAAGUUCUACCCUCUUGACAACACGCAAUUUGUCGUGGGCGAUUCGAACAACAUGGUGGUGCAGUUUGAUGCUCGGUCAGGCGAGAUCGUGCAGGAGUACAACCACCACUUGCAGGCUGUCAACUCGGUGACGUUUGUGGAUGACAAUAAGCGGUUUGUUAGCACUUCUGACGAUAAGAAGCUGCUUGUGUGGGAAUGGGGCAUCCCAGUGCCGAUCAAGUACAUUUCGGAGCCGGGCAUGCAUUCAAUGCCGGCCGUGACUCUCCACCCGAGCGGUGGCUUUUUUGCUGGACAGUCGCUGAAUAAUCAGAUCGAUGUGUAUGCUGCACGAGACAAGAUCAAGGUCAACCGGAAGAAAGUGUUCAAGGGACACCAGAAUGCUGGCUACGCGUGUCAGAUCGGAUUUUCUCCGAAUGGCCAGUACAUCAUGUCGGGUGAUGGCGAAGGUAAACUAGUGUUUUGGGACUGGAAAUCUACCAAGAUGAUCAAGAAGUUGCGAGCUCAUGACCGGGGACCUACCAUGGGUGCUAUCUGGCAUCCUCUCGAGCCUAGCAAGGUCGUUUCGUGUGGAUGGGAUGGUCUCAUUAAAUACUGGGAUUAG